UUGGUCGCAGCUGAGAGUCUCAUUCUGGACUGGAGCACAUGGGGGAAGAAGCCUGGAAUGGGGUCGUCCUCUCCGGAGAGUGUCAUCCUCAUCCCUCUGCAUCAUCGGCCUGACCUCACAGCGUCCUGCGCGGAGCUUCUGAACCAGACGUGGCGGAGAAGUCUGGGCGCUCGGCUCCACUCGCUGGAACGUUCCUCGGAGGACUUCCCCGUGUGCCUAGUGCUCAUCGGGGCCCGGGAGGGGGGGCCCGUCCUGGGUCACGCCCGCCUCUGCAGGGUCAUAGGCGUCCCAGACGGCCUCUUUGUGGAGUCGGUGGUGGUCAGCGCCGACCUCCGGGGAAUGGGCUACGGCCGGAGGCUGAUGGAGGCCACGGAGCGCUAUGCCAGAGGGCGGGGCUUCCGGAACCUCUACCUGACCACCCAUGACAAGCAGGACUUCUACCACCACCUGGGGUACCACCUGACCGAGCCCGUCCAGAGCAUAGGAGCGCUGGGGUCACUGCUCCCCCCCGGAAUGUUCCAGAAGAUGAAUCCUACCGCAUACCAC